AAAUUAUUGUACAUUUUUUCAAUUCAGUAAUUCUACUCUCUUCUACUUUUCAAUUUUCAUCUGCCUAAGUUAGGGCACAAAUUAGUAAUACUAAUAAGAUUACUUAGUAUUGGAACUUGGAAGCCACUCCAUUCUCUGGAAUUGAAGUUUCAAUGGCGGGAGAAGAGAACGAUGACGUCAUAUAUACAGUCAAAAUCACAGUCACACUCACCAUUCCUCCUCCACAAACACAACCUACUACUGUGGAUGUUAACCCGGAAACAGUGCCUUUCAAGGCUGAUGAAGCGGCACAAGCCAUGGAUGUUCCCACCGAAAUCGUAGUGUUAAGCGACGACGAUGGUUCGGUUAAAGGUGAUGAUGACGUGAUAGCAAUAGAAGAAUCUGAUACUGAUCGAGGAAAACAAGAUAUGGAUAUUGGCGCCGAAACGGCGUCGUUCAAGGACGAUGAAGGUUCGGUUGAAGGUGAUGACGUGGUAGACGGAGAUUCUUCUUCUGUUAAACCUACUGUGACGCCAGCGAUAUACGGUAAAAAGAAACGCGGGAGAAAGAGUUUUGCAGAAAUUGAGAGGAUGAAGAAAACGGAGAAGCGUAGUAGAAAGAGAAAAACGGAGAAGGAGGAAGAUGAUUCUGGUGAAGGUGAUGACGUGGCGGUGGUGGAAGAUUCUGGUUCUGUUGAUGUGAGAAAGAGUGGACGGCCGAUGAAGACGGUAUCGUUUAAUGAGGAUGAGUAUUGGUUAGAUUUGGAUGAGGAAGUGAAGACUAAGGGAAAACGUGGUAGGAAGAAGAAGAUUAUUAUUGCUGCUGAAGAAGAAGGGGAAAAUGUGAAGAAAGUGGAGAAGAAGAAACCUGGUAGUAAAAAAAGAAAGACAAUUGAUGAAGCUGCACAAGAGGAGGAAAAUGAUGGUUUUGUUGAGAAUGAGAAAGAAAAUGAAAUGGUCAGUGAAGAACAGACAGUGCCUAAAUACAUUGAACCGAAGGUGCCAAAAUUAAUCAAUCGAACUAAGUGGAUCGAAGAAGAGUCCUUAAUGUGCCAUCAAUGUCAAAGAAAUGAUAGGGGCAGGGUUGUCAGAUGCACAAAAUGCAAAAGGAAAAGAUAUUGCGUACCCUGUUUAACUAAUUGGUAUCCUCAGUUAAAAGAGGAUGAAAUUGCUAAGGCAUGUCCGGUGUGCCGUGAUAAUUGCAAUUGCAUAGCAUGCUUGCGAUCAACUAAACUUAUCAAGGCAAUUAAACGAAGCAAUCCACAAACAAACAUAGAGAUAGAUGAUGAGGUUGAGCUCUCCAAGUAUAUGUUGAAAGAACUUCUUCCUUAUGUAAGACAAUUGGAUGAAGAACAAAUGGCCGAGAAGGAGAUAGAAGCAAAGCGACAAGGGAUGAACAUUGCAGGGCUCUCACUUUCUGAGCUAAAAAUAGAAGUAGCGGAUUGCCCUAAAAAUGAGCGGGUGUAUUGUGACAACUGCAAAACGUCAAUAUUUGACUACCAUAGAAGUUGUACAAAAUGCCCUUUUGACAUUUGUCUCUCCUGUUGCUGCGAGCUUCGUGGCGGGAAGCUCCUAGGUGGUGCAGAUCCAAUUGAGUUUGAGUUUAGCUUCCGAGGGCGUGAUUAUCUGCAUGGUGGAAAAGAAGAGAAAAUAAAAAAAGAUGAACCUUGUGAUGCUGCCCAGCCUGAGAUUCGUGAAUGGUCAAGAUCGGGAUGGCAUGCAUAUAGCGAUGGUAGUAUUCCCUGUCCAAAAGCCAAUAAUGAUUGUCAUCAUGGUUUCCUUGAACUGAGAAGCAUACUUGGACCAAAUUUCAUCUCUAAGUUAGUAUGUAAAGCAAAAGAACUUGAAGAGACACUUAAUCUACAAGAUGCACAAGAGACUCUUGAUAGUAGGUGUUCUUGUUUGAAGCCUGUUAAGAAUGCAGAUGAUAUACACAAUAACAGAAGAAAGGCAGCUUCUCGUGAAGAUUCCAGUGACAACUUCUUAUACUGUCCUAGAGCUGUAGAUCUACACAAAGAGGAUUUUAAACAUUUUCAAUGGCAUUGGGGCAAAGGGGAACCAGUAAUUGUCAGCAAUGUACUUGAAUGUACAUCUGGUCUAAGUUGGGAACCACUUGUCAUGCGGCGCGCAUUCCGUCAGAUAAGCAAUAGCAAACACAAAUCACUUUUGGAUGUGAAGGCAAUUGAUUGUUUAGGUUGGUGCGAGGCAGAAAUUAAUGUGCACCAAUUCUUUACUGGGUACACAAAAGGUCGCUUGGAUUGGCUUAAAUGGCCACAGGUAUUAAAAUUAAAUGAUUGGCCUCCUUCUAAUUUAUUUGAGGAAAGUUUGCCUCGUCAUUGUGCCGAGUUCAUAUCUUCCUUGCCGUAUAAAGAAUAUACAAAUCCUUUCAACGGUGUUCUUAACCUUGCUGUGAAGUUGCCUGAGGGUGUUCUAAAGCCAGACAUGGGCCCAAAAACGUAUAUUGCCUAUGGAUUUGAUCAGGAGCUUGGGCGGGGUGAUUCUGUAACUAAGCUCCAUUGUGAUAUGUCCGAUGCAGUAAAUGUGUUGACUCAUAUUUCUAAAGUGGAAUUGGAAUCUGUGGGCAUUAAAGCCAUUAAGAAACUGACACAAACACACCUCGAUCAAGACAAGAGAGAGCUACAUCUUCAUUGUGAUAAUCAGGAUGGAGAGACCAAUGAUGGUGUGCUUGAUAAGUCAUCGUCUUCCAUAAAUGCUGAUGAUGGCCUUUCUUCUGAAGUACAGCCCAAAGAGGGCGAUGAAGUGACCGUGAAUAAAGAAAAUAGGUUUUUGGUAGGGGGGGAUUCUUUAGAUGGUGCUCUCUGGGAUAUAUUUCGGAGAGAGGAUGUACCUGAAUUAGAAGAAUAUCUAAAGAAGCAUUUCAGAGAGUUCAGGCAUGUACAUUGCUCUCCUUUAAAGCAGGUUAUUCGCCCCAUCCAUGAUCAGACCUUUUAUCUGACUCUGGAGCAUAAGAGGAAACUUAAGGAGGAGUAUGGAAUCGAGCCUUGGACUUUUAUUCAGAAGCUAGGAGAUGCUGUUUUCAUUCCUGCCGGUUGUCCUCACCAAGUCAGAAAUCUGAAGUCAUGCAUCAAGGUCGGGCUUGGUUUUGUCUCACCUGAAAAUGUUGGUGAGUGUUUCCGUUUGACAGAAGAAUGCCGUAAGCUUCCGAUAAACCACUUGUCCGCCGAGGACAAGUUGGAGGUGAAGAAAAUGACUGUAUAUGCUAUGCUUGAUGUGGUUAAAAAAUUGGAGGAGGCAAGGUUUUAUUCAAUUUACAGGUCCGAAGAAAAGAAUCAAUGAUUUAGUGUAAAUAUAUCUGAAGUUCAAUUGAGAAUGUACAUUUUUUUGAGUCGCUUCAUUGGGUUCGCUAAUCUUCAGUUCUUUGUAUUGCAAAACUGUACAAAAGGUUCCAUAUUAUGUUUUAUAUGGCGCACCUUGAUUAGGUACAUUUGAAACAUUGCUUACUGACUUGUUUUGUAAUGUUAUACAUUUAAGUGUCACUAAAUUGAUUAAGUUUACUGGCAGAUGUGAUGAAGAUCAUUGUACUUAUCAAACUUCUGGGAUUAAAUGUUGUUUCAGCAUAUUUUGCAAAUUGUGGGAGUUGUUGAGUUGAGUUGA